AUGUCCGCCAACCCUAAUUGCACAGUGUACAUCGGUAACUUGGAUGAACGAGUAAGUGAUAGGGUUUUAUACGAUAUCCUUAUCCAAGCUGGGAGGGUGGUUGACUUACACAUUCCUCGAGAUAGGGAAACUGAUCGACCAAAAGGUUUUGCAUUUGCAGAAUAUGAGACCAAAGAGAUUGCCGAUUAUGCUGUCAAGCUUUUUUCUGGUCUUGUCACUCUUUACAACAGAACAUUGAGAUUUGGAAUUUCUGGGCAAGACAAGUCUGCACAAAAUUCAAAUCCAAAUCUGCAAACCUCACCAAUGACUACAUCAAAUUCUCCUUUCAAAUCAAGGCCAAAUGUUGAUGUUUCUCCUGGGCCCAUUUCACCAUAUACACAAGUUUCCCCUAGUGCAGAUGUAUUUUCAUAUGUAAGUAGAUCUUCACAUGUGGAUCACAACAAUAAUGACCAUAGAAGAAGUCAUGGGGCAAAUCGGGAUGCCAUGUCAAACCGCUAUGAUGCAAAUAACCCACAUCAUGAUCGUCGCUAA